AUGUCACACUCUUCCCCGGAACCCGUCCCGUCGACUUUUACGUCCGCCGAUUCCUUGAAGACCCAUUCACGCUACACCUAUCGUCACCUACAGCUUCUCCGUCAAAGUUCAACAGCAACACCCCUGCGAGUGAUUGCUCAUGUCGAUCUCGAUGCCUUCUACGCACAAUGUGAAAUGGUGCGCCUGAGGACACCCCGCACGGUCCCUUUAGCUGUACGACAAUGGGACUCGCUCAUUGCGAUAAACUAUCCAGCACGAUCCUUCGGUAUAACGAGAAUGAUAUCGGCAGCAGAAGCUAAGAAGCUAUGUCCGGAUAUCAUCCUACAACAUGUGGCCACGUUCCGGGAAGGAGAAGGUGGGAAAUGGGCAUACAGAAACGAUGCGUUCAAGCGGAUGAACACCGAUAAGGUGUGCCUCGAUCCAUACCGGGCGGAAUCGCGCAAAAUCUUGAAGGUGAUGAAGGAGGAACUGGCGAGAUGGCAUAGGGAGCUGGUUGGUGACGAACAGGGAGCUAGCACUCAGUCUACAGUACAGCACGCUGGUCUUGAAAAAGCUAGCGUUGAUGAAGUCUUCAUUGAUCUGUCACCUCUUGUGCACGGUGUCCUCCUUCAACGGUUUCCUGAACUGAGAGCUGGACUGCAAGGUGAUGACCGUGUCACUCCACUUCCUGUCCCGCCUACGACUGCGCUUGAGUGGGACUUUGAGGAUUGUUUGAUCGAUCUGGACGAACAUGAGACGGAAGUUGAUGACCCUGACUGGGAUGACAUCGCUAUACUGAUAGGGUCUGAGAUUGUUCGGUCGGUCAGGGCAGCUGUUUGGGAUCGGCUCCAAUACACUUGCUCUGCGGGUGUUGCCAAGAACAAGAUGAUGGCAAAAUUAGGGAGCGCCUGCAACAAGCCGAACAAGCAGACCAUUGUUCGGAACCGUGCUGUACAACGAUUUCUCAGUGGCUACAAAUUCACAAAGAUUAGGAUGCUUGGGGGUAAGCUUGGUGACCAGGUUACCGCAAUGUUUGGAACAGAACAAGUGAGUGACCUUCUGAAGGUGUCUCUCGAGCAAUUUCGCGCCAAACUGGAUGACGAUACUGCUACCUGGCUUUACGGAAUCAUCCGGGGAGAAGACAAAAGUGAGGUCAACUCGCGGACCCAAAUCAAAUCGAUGCUUUCAGCCAAGUCGUUCAGGCCGAGCAUAAAUUCGGUUGACCAGGCAGACAAAUGGCUUAGUAUUUUUGCGGCCGAUAUUUUUGGCCGCCUUGUUGAGGAUGGCGUUCUUGAGCACAAGCGCCGCCCAAAAACAGUUGCUUUGCAUCACCGUCAAGGGGCUCAGGUUCGCUCCCGUCAACUUCCCAUUCCCGGAUCAGUACCCAUCGAUGAAACAUUGCUCUUUGAGCUUGGGAAAACACUCUUCCGGCAGGUCAUAGCAGACGGACGUGCAUGGCCCUGCGCCAAUCUCUCCUUGAGCGUUGGUGGAUUCGAAGACGGCGUCUCGAAGAACCGGGCAAUAGACUCUUUCCUCCUUCGCGGUGAACAGGCAAAAGCCUCACAACCGAAGAGAGAUCUGAUGGCUGAAGAGUCGUCGGAUGCUCAGCAACCCGAUGAGAAACGCCAGAAGCUGGAAAACAAUGGCAUUAAGCGGUUUUUCCUCAAGCCGCCGGAGACUGACCUACACCCUGACCAGGAUGAUCCUGAAGCAGAAGAUAUGGGAACCGAGCUCAACGAGCAUGAAAACCCAGCCCUUCAGCCCAAGGACCCCUCAUCUGAGCUAAUAGAAACGUUACCAGAGGGUUAUACCUGCAGUCGCUGCGGCAGCGUACUACCAGAGCACGAGAGGGGUGAACAUGAUGAUUGGCACUUUGCCAAAGACCUGGCAGAUGAAGAACGACAGGCAUCCAGCGUUCCUCAACAGUCACCAGUACCCACAAGCAAACCCGGAGCAUCUAAUGCUCGUACUAAGGCCAAUCGUAGCAAUCGGGGUAAGCCAGAGAAGGGGCAAACUCGUCUCAAAUUCGGGUAA